AUGUCUUCCUCGUGCUUCUCCUCCGUGCCCCGGCAACCAACAGACGAGAUCUUCGAUCUCCUCGCCGCCUACAGAGCUGAUUCCAGCCCGGACCGCGUCAACCUCGGCGUCGGCGUCUACUGCACCGAUGAGGGCAAGUCUUGGCCGCUGGAUGUCGUAACCCGCGUUGAGAAGGACCUUUUCGAGGAGGCCAGUCUGACGAGGCAUGAUUAUCUCCCCAUUGAGGGCGACCAGCAGUUUCUCAAGGUUGCGCGAGAUCUUAUUUUUGCGCAGCAGGAUGAAUUGAGUAUUGCUUCGGUGCAGACUGUCUCCGGGACCGGAGCGAACCAUAUUGGAGCUCGCUUCGUCGCCGACUACCUCCGUCCCCAGAACAUCUGGGUGUCGGACCCAACAUGGGCUAACCACCAUAUGAUCUGGGAGUCUGUAGGACUGAAGCCUAGACUUUACCCUUACUACAAAAAGUCAGACUGCUCCCUGGAUUUUGAGGGUAUGAUCAAGACCCUUGAGGAACAAGCUCAACCCCGCGACGCCGUCCUGCUCCACGCAUGUGCGCACAACCCUACCGGUCUGGACCCUACCAAGGAACAAUGGAAGGCCAUCGCAGAGCUCUGCCAGCGCAAGCAGCUAUUCCCCUUCUUCGACGCCGCCUACCAAGGAUUCGCCUCCGGAGACCCAGCGGAAGAUGCCUGGGCGAUCCGCUACUUCUACCAACAGCAGCCCCGUCCUGAUAUGAUCGUCGCGCAGUCCUUCUCCAAGAACUUCGGCCUGUACGGACACAGAACGGGAGCUGUGCAUCUCGUUCUUGCAGAGCCUUCCAAGGAAGUGAGAGACAGCACUUACUCGACACUAUCCUACCUGCUGCGAUCAGAGAUCUCCAUGGCGCCCAAGUAUGGCUCUACCAUCGUGAAAACUGUGCUGGAUAGCGAGGAGUUGACGGCGGCUUGGAUGGCGGAUCUGCAAGUUAUGAGUAGUCGUAUCAAGGACAUGCGACAGGCUCUCUACGAAGAGUUGGUUCGAUUGGAAACCCCUGGUACAUGGAAUCACAUCGUUGAUCAGAUCGGCAUGUUCUCAUACACUGGCUUGUCUACCUUCGAAGUCAAGGUCCUUAGAGAGCGUUUCCACAUCUACCUCCUCAACUCGGGACGUAUUUCCAUCUCUGGAUUAAACAAGAGGAAUGUGCAGUACGUCGCAAAGGCUAUUCACGAUGUUCGCACAGAUGGACAUGGGCUCAACGGCACCAACGGUACGAAUGGUGUAAACGGCACAAAUGGUGUGAACGGACACUAG